AUGGCUCUCGUCCCUCAUCCUCGUUAUGAUAGCCGCGAUCAAAAUUACAAUGUAGGUUUAAUUAUGAUAACAAAGGAUUUCAAUGAAACUAGAAGAAGCCGACCUGCCAAGCUCGUAGAGGCAAAUGUCGACUUGCCUGUAGGCUCCUUUGUCACAGCUACUGGAUGGGGAUCUGAAACGAUACCAGGAGCACCUAUGUCAGAAAAUCUUAGAGCAAUAUCUUUGCACGUCAUUGAUAAUCAAGAAUGUCUUGAAAAAAAUCAAGAGUUGAUUGAUGUCACAGACAAGUAA